UGAAUAUUAUGCAUUUGAAAAAUUUGCUCAUAAUAAUUCUGAUAUUAUUGCUGGUUGCUUAUUAGAUAAGACAAUGAUUUUUAAUGAGAAAAUAGAAGAAUUAAAAGAAUAUGAAAUUGUAAUCUUAGAGAAGGAUUAUAGUUAUCAUAGAC